AUGGUGUCCGCUCUCACAUAUGAUUUCCUCCUAGGUGCUGGAAGGAUCGAGUUGUGUGCCAGUCUGUUAGAAGGAGGAAUUACUCCAACCACCGGUCUCUUACAGAUAGUGAAGCAGUAUGUGCAGAUUCCGGUAUUUGUGAUGAUUCGGCCGCGGGGAGGAGAUUUCCUUUACUCAGACCGCGAGGUGGAGGUGAUGAAAGCUGACAUCCGGCUCGCCAAGAUCCAUGGGGCGGACGGACUUGUGUUCGGAGCCCUGACAGAGGACGGCAGAAUUGAUACAGAACUGUGCAUGGAUUUACUUGCUGUCUCUCGUCCCCUUCCUGUCACGUUCCAUCGAGCGUUUGACAUGGUGUAUGACCCGCUGUUAGCGAUGGAGACUCUGAUAUCAUUGGGGUUUGAACGGGUGCUGACCAGUGGAUGUGACAGCUCUGCACUGGAAGGCUUGCCUCUGAUAAAGAGACUAGUGGAGCAGGCUAAAGGCCGAAUCCUAGUGAUGCCGGGAGGCGGUAUAACAGAGAGGAACCUGCACAGAAUCCUGGAGGGCACUGGAGUUCAGGAGUUCCACUGUUCAGCCCGUUCUACCAAGGAAUCCUUAAUGAAAUACAGGAACCACUCCGUAUGUAUGGGAGCAGCCAUCACUACCUCAGAGUAUUCCAUCAAGGUUGCCGAUGUGGCCAAAGUCAGGACAUUGAAUGCUAUGGCAAAGAAUUUCCUGUGA